AGUGCGGAUCGUUUCGCAACUGCUUGCCACUCGCCCCGUGCCUGGCUGUUUUUCCAUUUCCCGGCCCCCUCUUCUUGAGUACUUUACCCCCUGCAUUUGGGGACAGGGACUGGAAAAGGGGCGGGUGGAGCGUCCAGUGGAGAAGAAGGAAGCGAGGCCCGCAGGAGGAGGAGGAUCGGCGGACCGUGGGGAGGAGACCCCACGCCACCCUUUCUGGUCAUCUCCCCUCCCGCCCCGCCCCUGCGCACACUCCCUCGCGGGCGAGCUACUUUCGGACCAGGAAAGUAAGAGCGGCCCUGGGUGACAGCGCCGCGGGGCCAGUCCCGGGGUUAGUCUGCUCGCUUCUGGUCCGUCGCGCUCCCAGCCAGGGCACAGCCCGGACCGAGGAUGGCUUCGACCACAACCUGCACCAGGUUCACGGACGAGUAUCAGCUUUUCGAGGAGCUUGGAAAGGGGGCAUUCUCAGUGGUGAGAAGAUGUAUGAAAAUUCCUACUGGACAAGAAUAUGCUGCCAAAAUUAUCAACACCAAAAAGCUUUCUGCUAGGGAUCAUCAGAAACUAGAAAGAGAAGCUAGAAUCUGCCGUCUUUUGAAGCACCCUAAUAUUGUGCGACUUCAUGAUAGCAUAUCAGAAGAGGGCUUUCACUACUUGGUGUUUGAUUUAGUUACUGGAGGUGAACUGUUUGAAGACAUAGUGGCAAGAGAAUACUACAGUGAAGCUGAUGCCAGUCAUUGUAUACAGCAGAUUCUAGAAAGUGUAAAUCAUUGUCACCUAAAUGGCAUAGUUCACAGGGACCUGAAGGUCAGUAUAUGGAGUCCAUAAAUCUGAAUCAAAGCAGUUUUAUUUUUUUUUUCUGGGGAAAGGGCAGAGGGUGGGUAUUUAAAAUGGUUCCCUUGCCUUUCCCAACUUGUUUCUAAAAUGAGUAAAUGAUGAAAUGAUAAUGCAUGAUGCCUCUUCCAGUUUGCUCAUCUACAGGCUAAAUAUACAUCAUAGCAAAAAGGGAAGAAUACGAAAGAAUACAACCUGCUAAGUUUCCAAGCAGUAAACUACCUACCAAAAGGGAUUGAGGAGCAGGCUUUCUUGAAUUGCCCAGCAUUUGCCUGGAGAUAAACUUGGCCUGUGAUGUAUGUCCGCCUGUAGAUUUUAAACACCACUUCUGUUCUGAGACCAUGGGUUGCUGUAGCAGAACAACUGGUUACGCAUUGCUCCAUUUGAGUCUGAUGAACCCUUAGGCAAGAGAUAUUAAUUGCCAGCUAAAUUAAAGCACAAGAAGUUAAUGAUUUAUCAAAAAUUCAUUAGGUAUCUUAAUUUAACCUUAGUGGUGCCCUGUUAAUGUGACAGCUUUUAGAACAAUACUGGAAAAAUGGGAGAGAAAAGGGAAACAAUUUAUGUGACGGGGUGGAGGGGGAACACCACAGCUAUAAAGAUUGUAUUUGUGUUCCACUUUAUUUCCUGGAAGAAUUUAUAACCAGGAAAUGAUCUCUUGAAUGACAUAAAGUGUUUUCAAAAUGGAUUUUUCUAGAACAAAUGGACCCACAUUCUGGCUCACAUCUGGCAAGAUCUGAUUGUUCUGAGGUAGUAGUCACUCUACUUGAGCAAUAUGUUUACAUGACUGAAGGUGGUACAAUACAACCCCAGUUGUCUGCUAGCUCUGCACUUUAACCCAGUCUCUCUGAGGGUAUACAGACAGUGAGUGUAAGCUUGGAACUAACACAUGCCCCCUGGUGUUUGCAUGCAGUCAUUGCAUUCAGCAGAUCCUGGAGGCUGUGCUACACUGCCAUCAGAUGGGCGUGGUCCAUCGGGACCUGAAGCCUGAGAAUUUGCUUUUAGCUAGCAAAUCCAAGGGAGCAGCUGUGAAAUUGGCAGACUUCGGCUUAGCCAUAGAAGUUCAAGGGGACCAGCAGGCGUGGUUUGGUUUUGCUGGCACACCUGGAUAUCUUUCUCCAGAAGUUUUACGUAAAGAUCCUUAUGGAAAGCCAGUGGAUAUGUGGGCAUGUGGUGUCAUUCUCUAUAUUCUACUUGUGGGGUAUCCACCCUUCUGGGAUGAAGACCAACACAGACUCUAUCAGCAGAUCAAGGCUGGAGCUUAUGAUUUUCCAUCACCAGAAUGGGACACGGUGACUCCUGAAGCCAAAGACCUCAUCAAUAAAAUGCUUACUAUCAACCCUGCCAAACGUAUCACAGCCUCAGAGGCACUGAAGCACCCAUGGAUCUGUCAACGUUCUACUGUUGCUUCCAUGAUGCACAGACAGGAGACUGUAGACUGCUUGAAGAAAUUUAAUGCUAGAAGAAAACUAAAGGGUGCCAUCUUGACAACUAUGCUGGCUACAAGGAAUUUCUCAGCAGCCAAGAGUUUGUUGAAGAAACCAGAUGGAGUAAAGGAGUCAACUGAGAGUUCAAAUACAACAAUUGAGGAUGAAGAUGUGAAAGCACGAAAGCAAGAGAUUAUCAAAGUCACUGAACAACUGAUCGAAGCUAUCAACAAUGGGGACUUUGAAGCCUACACAAAAAUCUGUGACCCAGGCCUUACUGCUUUUGAACCUGAAGCUUUGGGUAAUUUAGUGGAAGGGAUGGAUUUUCACCGAUUCUACUUUGAAAAUGCUUUGUCCAAAAGCAAUAAACCAAUCCACACUAUUAUUCUAAACCCUCAUGUACAUCUGGUAGGGGAUGAUGCCGCCUGCAUAGCAUAUAUUAGGCUCACACAGUACAUGGAUGGCAGUGGAAUGCCAAAGACAAUGCAGUCAGAAGAGACUCGUGUGUGGCACCGCCGGGAUGGAAAGUGGCAGAAUGUUCAUUUUCAUCGCUCGGGGUCACCGACAGUACCCAUCAAGCCACCCUGUAUUCCAAAUGGGAAAGAAAACUUCUCAGGAGGCACCUCUUUGUGGCAAAACAUCUAAGGCCUGAAAACCAUUCACAUAUGGGUCUUCUAAAUUUCAACAGUGCCACUUCUGCAUUCUCUGUUCUCAAGGCACCUGGAUGGUGACCCUGGGCCGUCCUCUCCUCCUCUUCAUGCAUGUUUCUGAGUGCAUGAAGUUGUGAAGGUCCUACAUGUAAUGCAUAUGUGAUGCAUCAUCUUAUCAUAUAUUCCUUCCUAUACAUUGUUUACACUUCAACUACGGGGAUGUUCCACGCAAACUUAAAUUACUGUUGGCAAAACAAUAGGGGGAGAUUAGACAAAAAAAAAAAAUCCACAAUAUUCCAAGUACAACUCUUCAUCAAGUUUCUCUGUUAAUGCCAAGAUUUAACAGACUUAAGAACUAUUGUUCUCUGAAUGACAGUUGUAAGAGAAAUGUAAAUUUUUUAGAACUCUUCGCUGUUAAUCUGUUUUGGCUUGUUUGGUUUUUUUUUUUUUUUUUUUUAAGGUAAAAAAAAAUACACCUUCAGUUUCCUGGUGUGAUCCUGGUUAAAAUGGAUGAUUUUUCAUUGAAAGUUUUGCUGAUUAACAAUUAAAGUGGGUUGAUAUGUGGGCAAAAUCACUUAUGAAAGUAGAAGCAAGAAUCAGUUGGUUUGCUACCACAUAAAGCCAUGCUGUUUUUGGUCAAACUGUGUAAACUGGAAAAAUUCACAUUAUUUCUGAGUUUAAUCACUUUAGGAUAUGUUCACAUUGUUUUGGUGAAUUUGCUGAAUUGAAUUGUUUUUCUUUCUCAAAUCUGUGAUCUCUUUUCUUUAUCCUGUUUCUUUGUUCCUUUCGUUUGCUUUCUUAUUUUUCUUUUGUUCCAUUCUUUUCUUACUUUUUUCCCUUUUCCUUUUUUGGGGAGGCCGGCUAGUAGUGUGUGAGAAAAGAAUAAAAGUGAAAUUUGCAUAAUGAAGGUAAAAGGGAAAUAAAAGUCUUUUGAAGGUAGCUAUACUAGCACUUUUGAUCAUCUUCAGGGCCCACAAAAAUGUUGUCAAGAUUUUAAAGGUUUAUAAUUCUGCUUAAGCUCUAGUUUGGACUUAGGUAUCCUAACUAUGUUGGAGGUAUUUGCAUUGUUUAAAGUUAGGAUAAAAGCAAGUUCCUCCUGUGACUGCAACGUCUUACUGAUUGGGACAGUUGCCAGGAGGAUACCAACUUGAUAGCAGAGGGGGUUUUAUGCAAACGCACUCACCUCCGCCUUGGGGAAUGAAAGGGUCACUUCUGCAUCAUCACUAGCUAGUUUUCUAGUGUUAGAGAGGCUUACAAAUGUUUGCCAUUCUCAUAAGUGUUUUGAACUUGAUCUUUGUGACUUGUGCUUUUUUAGCUUCUCUCUUGAAUCAGAGUAUCAUUGUCUUCCUCCAAGGAGUUAGAAUUUCCCAGUUUAAAACAAAAAGGGAAAUGUCCUAGGUUUUCUUUGUGCUUCUCAUUUUUCCUUUGUUGAUUCAAUUCCUGUGAUUUUUGUUCUCUUCCCUGAAGUGCUUUACAGUGCAUGGAAUCUCCGUCAUUGUUAUUUUAACGAUAGUAAUUCAGUCCUCAGAAGCCUAUUUUUAAAGCAGAAGCAAAAAAGAAAAACAAAACAACAAAAACAACCCUUCCUCUUUUCUCUCAUCUCACCUCUCUGUGUUGAUUACUAAUCAUCUUAGAUAUUAUUGCUAGUGGAUGUAUGGUAGAUGGGUUGAAGCUUUUCUGAUAAUUAUUACACAAUUUAAAACAACAUAUAUAUUUAAAAUAAAUAUAUACAGUAAAUAUAUUGAGCCAUGUUAACCUGCCAAUGAGAUCUGUGAAAAAAUAAUGGCCUCAUUUUUCCCUUUUUAAUUUCUUUUACCCUUUUGUGAAGCAGCUAUACGUGGCAUACAUGUAUUUAAAGAAAAAAAAUAGAUGUAGAGUGUUUUUUUUACACUUUUAACUAAGCAUGUGGUGUUGAAGUAUUACUGUAGAUCAAGUUUGUCUUCCGCACUAAGAUGUGAGGAAAUUGUGAUUUGUUCUCUCCACCACAAAAGAAUUACACAUUUAUUAUCUUCUAUCAUUUUGAAACACUGCAGUUUACCAUGGGACACUGUAUAUAUUUCUUGCCAUAAUGGUAAAGGACUGAUUGAUAUAUUUAAGAGUUAAUAAAUUUGUGAUUUCUGCUGA